AUGGAUCAAAGAAUGGAAAGAUUAGAAAAAAUGCAAAGAGAUAUGCAAGAUCAAUUACAAGGGCAGAUGCAAAAGCAAUUAGCCAAUAUACAACAAGACAUGAGGGAACAAAUGCAAGAAACCCAGAACAAUAUGAUAAGCCAAUUAGCGCAGUUGCUGGCUAGGGAACGCAAGAAAGGGAAGAGCAUUGCGGUUAACUCGGGGAAUUGUAAUGAAGACCUUGUCUAUCCUCCAGGCUUUGCCCUGAAAAACACUCGAGCACAACCAGAUAUGUACCCACAGAGGGUGUCGGUCACCAUCAGACCCCAAUAUCAGGCUGGUGCCUCAGCACCGAUGAACUUUCCAACAGGCUUGGGCUCCAAUCCAGGGGAUAAUCCAACUAAUCCCGUUGUUCCGGACCUCGAUGAUGUGACAGAAAUAAAAAAGACAAGAGUAGAUCUGCCAAAAAAACUUGAGGACAGGUGUAGAUGGCUCGAAGAGAAAUUCAAAGUAAUAGAGACCGCUGACUACCAUUACGGGGUUGACGCUAAGGAUUUGAGUAUGGUCCCAAAUCUGGUGCUCCCACCAAAAUUUAAAACUCCGGAGUUUGAAAAGUACAACGAGACUAGCUGCCCCAACACUCACAUCACAAUGUUUUGUCGAAGGAUGACAGGAUACGUUAAUAAUAAUCAGUUAUUAAUCCACUGCUUCCAAGGCAGUCUAAUAGGGUCUGCAGCCAAAUGGUACAACUAG